AUGGCGGGAAGACCAGCUAGGUUCAAUCAAACCACCCUCAUUGACACCACACCCCUUCCUGCGGAGAUCCCGCCUGUCACAGAAAUUGGAAGCAGUUCGGCGCCAUUGCUAUCGGCCAGCUUUUUCAUUGGGGCAAGAUGCAAACCGUACAAUGACGACUUCAUGCAAUGCAAGAGCGAGAGUAAUGGCAAAGGCGAAAUUGAUUGCUUGAAAGAAGGGAGAAAGGUCACAAGAUGCGCGAGGAGUGUAAUCGAGGAUGUCAACAAGCACUGCCUAGAGGAAUUCCGCAAGCACUGGACUUGCCUCGACAACAAUAACCAGCAACUCUGGCAAUGCCGACCAGCUGAAUGGAAGCUCAAUAAAUGUGUUUUCGACAAUCUGAAACUUGAGAAAGUAAUUCCCGACACGCCCGCUGGCGAAACACCCGUGCACCUCAAGAAAAGAUCAACCUAUGCACACCAUGGACCGUGA